ACGGCGAAUAGUGCUUAAGCUAAAGGAAAAUUUUGAUCGCCCUAAUCCGAUGCCGUCCCAGAUCUUUGCGUGUGUCUCGAAAAAAAAAGAGGGAGGAGAGAACCAUGGCCUCGACAAUGUAUGUUUGCCUGUGCACGCGCCUCGGCUUACCCAUCUGCAGAUCUGAUCUGCUUGCUCGACCCAUGACCGGAGGGCACCGAUCACACCGGCCGCUGGGCACGACGGCGGCGCACGUGCCGUUCGAGGACCUCUUGUACCGCGGGCUGGAAGAAGGCCUCGUCGUCGCACCGCCGCCACGUCCAAGGACGAGCCACGCUGCCGGGAGCCGAUGCAAUAUGUUCCUCGGGACGUUUGCUGCCACAUUUGCUAUCAUAUUUGCAGCGGUAAUUAUCUGGGCGGCAAUUUCGCCCCGAAGCCCUGAACAUUUGGACCCCUAUCAAAUGACGGCACUUCUAAUUCUUGAUAUUACGAUGUCGGCGCUUGUUUAUUUGCUUACCAUGAAUGCAGAUGAAACAAUAUAAUGCCAACGACCCUUUAACUCCACGUACAACUGUCCAACAAAGAAAGAUUAUGAUGCGCAAGGUUCAAUGUAAAUAGAGUAGCUAGAUCGCGUUCUUGCUUAAUGUCCAUCGGUGACUGAUCAUAAGGGAAUAAAUCAUAGGUCGAGUGGCACGAGGGUGGCUGUACCUAUAUUUCAACGGAUUGAAUCCAGAUAUGGUGCCAUGUAUCCAGUGUGUUAUUUCUGAGUGUGUGUGAAUCGAGAUUAACAUUCAUGCACUUGCACCUACUUAUCGUGUUUUAUAAAUAUCUACACUUUCAUUCUA